AUGUCGAAUAGAAAUACCACCACCUCAAAUACCCCAGCUGAUGAUUCAACUUCGUCGAAAACCUAUAUAAUCAUUGCCAUCAUAGCCUUUCUCAUCCUCGCCAUCAUAUCCCUCCUGAUCUUCUACGUGCACAAGCGCAAAUAUGCAGGUAGAGGUAUAUUCGGGAUAAACCCAAGAUGUAAGCAUUGUAAAGAGACUUUGGACGAUGAUGAGAAGACUCACAGACCAGGUAAAUUCCUCUGCAUGAAGAGUAGAGUUUGGUAUCACAAAUAUUGUAUAAGAGACGUUGAGAGUGCGUAG